AAGUCAAUACCAAGUUGCCGCGCGCAAACUUUGGCUCUUGUCAAGCCAAAUCGGAACGUUUGUUUGUCCCGCGGGAAGGGGAUUUCGGUUGCUGUGCUAAGAGGUUAAGAGCGUUAAGAGGGUGUUGUGGCGUUCCGGUGUUUUUUCACGGUAAAAUGGAGAAGGAAAAGUGUCUAGCUCUCAUACGGCUUUAUAAAUCUAAAGAGGUAUUGUGGAAUUCAAAAGGUACUAAUUACCAUAAUAAGAGUAUACGCGAGGAAGCAUGGAAGGACGUAGGUGACGAAAUGAAAAUGCCAGUUCAGGAUUUAAAAAAGAAGAUGACAACUUUAUUGGCUUCAUACCGAAAAGAAAAGUCCCGAAUUAAGAAGUCUCACAUAACUGGUUCUGCUGCAGGUACUGUUUACGUAUCCAAGUGGUUCGCAUUCAAUGAAUUCGACUUUAUGGCUGACAAAAAUACUCCCGACGAUACUGUAGAUACUUUGCCUGAUGAGCCUGGAACAUCACAUAGCUCUGAAACCUCAGGGUUUGAAAAUGAAAACGAAGAGCUUGCUGUUGAAAGAAUAACACCUUCUAGAACACCAGAAGCACCUAGACAUAAAAGGCCCUGCAUAGAUCCUAAGUCUGCCAGCACCAGAGCUAAACAAGAAAAUCAAGCAAUGCUACUGGAAGCUUUUGAUAUCCUCAAGUCCAGUGUAAUCACACCGACAGACCCUUAUUUUACUUAUGGCCAACAUAUUGCCAAUGAGCUCAGAAAAUAUGACCCAAGCACCUUAGCACAAGUGAAGCAUGCAAUUAAUAAUGUUAUUUUUGAAGCCGAUAUGGGAGAAUAUUCUUAUGGAUAUUACACCCAAAAUUACAGUCAGUCUCGAAGAUCAGAGAGUAUAAUAAGGACUCCAACUCCAGCUAUGUCUCCAGCUUCAACUCCAACUCCAUCUCCAGCUUCUGUACAAUCAUCAUCAGCUAUCUAACUCAACAAGAAAAUCAGGAAAACAAAGCACACUAACAACAUAAGUAUACCUCCCAAUUUAUUGCUGUACAUUAUACCACCAAAAAAAAAAAUAAUGUCACAUGUUUGGAUGACUGACGAGCGGGUUGGUUUGGUAACUGGAUUUAUUAACAACCUACAGAUUGUAACUACAAAUAAUUAUUACACUUGCUGAUUUACAUGAUUUGCAGUCACUCCACACUAAUCUUCUCAGUCUUAUUUCUACUAGUCUUCACUAUCCGCUUCCUGGCGAUGGAUUUAUAACAGGGGAACUGUAAAAGUCUUGCUAAAUUACACGCUCCCAAUCCCACUGCACUAUAGGACACAUAAAGUCCUCAAUUCACAAGUUAACUCUUCUUCAAAUAACAAAAUUCCCAUGGCUGCCUCCUACUGAGAACUGUACUGUAGUCAAAGUCACAUUGUGACUGGCGGUCGGUCAGUCAGUAAGUCUUGGUGUUGAGCCUAUCUGGAGCUCAUGACC